AGUGUUCCCCCUUACAUUAGUUGUCCCCAUCAGACUGCCCCUUUACAUCAGGUAUCCCCAUCACAGUGCCACCUUACAUCGGGUAUUCCCGUCAGAGUGCCCCCUUACACUCAAAGUACCCCUUUACAUCAUAUUUCCCAUCUGAGUGCCCCUUUACAUCAUAUUUCCCAUCAGAGUGCCCCUUUCCAUCACAUGUGCCAAUCAGACUGCCCCUUUCCAUCACAGAUGCCCAUCAGAGUGCCCCUUAACAUAAAAUGUGCCCAUCAGAGUGUCCCUUAACAUAAAAUGUACCCAUCAGAGUGCCCCUUAACA